AUGGAUUACGACUUGGCCCGAGUCAUAUACCUGGCGGUGCAGUUUUCUGAGUUUCACAUCCGCAGCUUUGUUUACCAGAUUCUCUGUGGGGUGCAUUUCGCCCACUCGGCCAAUAUUGUGCACCGAGACUUGAAACCAGGAAACAUCUUGGUGAAUUCGCAAGGGGUGCUCAAAAUCGGCGACUUUGGCCUCGCCCGCUCGCUUGUAUCUUCUCCAGCUGCCGUCCAUAGCCCUAUAACAAACUACGUGGCUACUCGCUGGUACAGGGCGCCCGAACUCAUACUCCAACAGUCAACUUAUGGGAAGCCCGUGGACCUUUGGGCCGUGGGAUGUAUUUUGGCCGAGCUAUAUGGCCGCCGCCCUCUCAUGCCGGGAAAGUCGCUGCUCCAACAGCUCCAUGAAAUAGUAAAGUAUUUGGGUUCUCCGCCUCGAAGUUUGACUCGAAGCAGUUGGGACUUGCCUGUGUGCAACUUGCUGCCCAUUGCUUGGGUUUCCGUUUACCCAUUUGCUUCUGAGGAAGCUUUGGAUCUCUUGGGCCAGCUUUUAGUCUGGGAACCUUCCAGAAGGCUCCUGGCAUCCCAAGCACUUAGACACGACUACUUAGUAUCAGUAAGUAGCCAGAAAGAGGUACUGGCUCUGGCUCCAUAUAAGGCAGGCCCCGAGGAACAGGAAAAGGAUAUCGAGCUGCUAAGCGAGUUGCUACAACAAGAAGUAGCACUUUUCCAGAAAGAACGGGCCACGGGACAGGCGUACUAA